GUUCGUCUCUAAUGGAGAGACGGGACUUGAUCAUCUGCAGAGUCCAAACCCACACAAACGCUAAACCACGGCAUCAGCGGAGGCGACGUACAACAGGAAAUUAACCGAGCAUUUUUGGAGAAUAUUUACCGGGACACUUACUGGAGGACAGACCGGGGUUUGAAGAGCAGCAAUGGUGACACGAUGAAACAAAGCGACGGUAAACACUGAGUCAUGAUGAUGAUCCGCCUUUAACCCAUGUUUAUCCCGGGUCUGUCCACCAACCCGGGACAAAUCUAUCUGUCCGUCAUCCGUCCAUAGAGCGGGGACUGUAAGGACAGACGUGUUUAGGUCUUGCAACUGCGGAAGGAGACGAGGGUCUAAACCUAGGAAUUCGUCUUCAUAGAGGACGUUGAUACGGAGAUACACUGGAAGACAGGAUAGACCUGUGGACAGACAGAGGACAACUAAUCCAGGAAAAACAAAGACGAGGCGUCCAGGAAUAGACUGGAACCACAGGUAAACUUUUGAUGUAAAGACAACGUCAUGGCAUCCUUGAGGUGCACCUGUCAACCCAUGUCCUACCUCCAAGUCCUGGUCCUGGUUCUGGUUGUGGUGCUGAUGGACUCUGUCGCUGCAGCUCGUUCUGACAGAAACAUGGUGUCAGAGGAGUUCGUCGGUGCCACAGUGAACACCACGGUGCUGGAUGCACGAGGACACACUGUCCAUGUGAUGAGCAGUGAUGACGGGACAUAUGGACAGAACUCACCCAAGGUGGACACAAGGGGUGUGGUCAUUGCACCAACACCACAUAAUGGAGUGGUGGACCGGCAGGGCUGUGACCCCAACACUCGCUUUUUGGUUCCCCCCCGUGGUGUCCAGUGGGUAGCACUGUUGCAGAGAGGAAACUGCACCUUCAAAGAGAAGAUCCUGAAGGCCACAGCAUUCAACGCCAGCGCCGUCCUCAUCUACAACAACUCUACGGACAAGACGGUCAAAAUGGGACAUGAAGGUACUGGUGACACUGUGGCGGUGAUGAUCACAGAGGCCUACGGAAAAGAAAUUCUGGCUCACUUGGACCGGAACCUGACAGUCCUGGUUUCUGUAGUAGUGGGGCAACGUGGUCCCACAAAGAACAUCAACCGAGGCUCACUCGUCUUUGUCUCCAUCUCUUUCAUUGUCCUGAUGAUCAUUUCAUCUGCCUGGCUCAUCUUCUAUUUUAUCCAGAAGAUCCGCUACACCAGUGCCAGGGACCGCAGUCAGGUACGUCGACUUGAUGAUGCAGCAAAGAAGGCCAUCGGCAAGUUGACAACAAGAACAGUGAAGAAAGGAGAUAAGGAGACUGAUCCGGACUUUAAUCACUGUGCUGUCUGCAUAGAAGCAUACCAGCUGAAUGACGUGGUCAGGAUUCUGCCAUGCAAACAUGUCUUCCACAAAGUGUGCGUAGACCCGUGGCUUCAUGAACACUGCACAUGUCCAAUGUGUAAACUCAAUAUUCUCAAAGCUCUGGGCAUCAUGACAAGUCUUCCCUGUGUGGACAGUGUGGUGUUGGACGUGGAGCGUCUUAGCAUUAGUCAGGCCUCCAGCAGCCAGAGGGCACCUUUGAGUGAAAGCAAUCAGCUGUCCAUCAGCAUGGAGCCUCUGAGUCCACCACAUCCUGAGAUCACUCCCAGGACACCUGCUGACAUUGCUAUUGCAGUGACCAGUGGCGGUCACUUCUUUAAUAGAAACUCAAUGUCUCCUCGCAGCAUUGUCUGUGAAAUGGAGAUGACAGACAUCCAGGCUUCACUGGAUCUCUAUGAUGACAAGUCAUGAGGCUCAUGUUGACCAGACUCGCACCUUUGCCCAAGAGGAGUCAAAUAACGACAACCUGAUUGUGUUUUUUUUUUUAGUUCAGACUGAAUGUGAACUCUGGAGUCUGGAUCUUGGCCUCUGGUUAGACUUUUUUUGGAAACGUUUUUUUUUUUAAACUUCUGGAGUGUUUCUGUGAUCCUACAGAUGGUCUUGGGUUCUUGGAAAACUGAGAUUUCCAUCAGAUGCUUCACCCCAUGAGGAUCACCUACAAUAUUUUUUUAAUUUAUCAAAGUGCUGCCUAAACGAGACACUCACAUUGAAGAAACAUUUAAAGGAAGUUGUCAAUAAUGAUGUUUCUGAAAAUUACUCUAGGGUGUUUGGUGCCUAGAUGGUCUGGAGUCUUGUUGAGGUCAUUGACUUGACAAAAUUCCAAGUUCCAAAAUUAUUCCUGGAGUAACUUCCGAGUGCCUAAAGGGUUCAUGGAAACGGUCUUUGUGUCUUAAAGGGUUCCAGUUUUCUUGAGAAGCUCUAAAGAUCUUAAACGUUCUGAAAUUAUUCCAUGUUUCUCUGGAAAACCAGGUUCAGAGAUUCUACACCUGUUACUACCCUCUGGACACAAAAGGCCCUGAUGAUGUCUAGGAGGAGGCCAAGGCAUUUAGCCAGACCUCAUGCUGCUGGACUACAGACUGAAGACAUGGGCCAGAUCUCCUUGUCUGUAUAUACUAACUAUAAACAGAGCCAGAAUCAGGGCUCUGGUCGUGAUUCUUUGGAGAAUCAAUCCUGUGAAUUUGUAGAACAAUAAAACUGUUCACGCUUCCGGAAACCUGAAUGACAUAGCUCUCAACCACAGAAGCCCAUUUAUACCCGGUGUUAAUGUCUGACUACCAUUGAAACCUGGUGUUAGUUUCCAAGGUCUAUUUACACGUAUGAUAUUAAAUAUAAGGAAUGCUUGUACUUGGUGUCAACUCCAGGAGCCAUUCCAAGUAUUUGUUUUUUAUUUCCUAGGGUCAAUAAAACCCAGUGUUUACUUCAUAAACAUUUUUACGCCUGCUGUCGACAUCCAGAUUAGGUGAUCUGAUCCACAAUGCACUGGUGUUAUGUAUGUCCGUUUACACAUGUAAAACCUGAGAUGGUUUAAACUUGGUGUGAGGAGGUUCCUGGCUGUAAAAAGAGAUGAUAAUCCUGUGAGAUGAGGUCUUUCAACUUUUCAAUUAAUUUUGGCCUGAAAACAUUUCACCACGGGGUUUCCUGAAACGAUGUACUUCUCCUUUAAAUUGUAGCUUUGUGUAGUAACCAGAUAUAAACAGCAUUUUAAUCAAUAAUCAAUUGAUUAAUCAAUCAAUAUCUCUGAUGUGUCUUAUAUACAAGGAUGCUCUGUGAAACACAUCAGCUUCUGUCUGUGUCACAUGGUAUGAUGGUGAAGAUGAUGAUGGUAAUGUGUAUUUUACUGCCUCAAUAUUAAAUGUCAUUAAAGUGUUAUCAUGUUUAA